AUAUAUUAUCAAAGAGUACUUGCGUCACUUCUGGGAUUUUUAUUGUCCUUCGUUUGGUGCUGUUUACCGUCCUGACUGAACAAAGACUUUAUUAAAAAUGACUAGCAAAUUUAGUGCAAAAAUAUUUGAAAUGUUUCGAAAUCUUAAAUCCGAUGCGGUACCUCGUCCACCACGAAAUACAACAGAACCAGAAACAGAGGCACAAAAUGAAAAUGUCGAUUACACCAAUCAGGAAGAAAUAUUUGUUGAGCAAGACGAUCGAAAAAAGAAAAAAAAGAAACCAAAGUAUCAAAAAUCUUUCUCAGAACCAUCUCCAGAAAAUACUGAGUUUGCUGAAGAAGACGACCGACGAAGCAGCAAUGCAAGCAGCAAUGUAAAUACUCAAGCGAGUGGCAAUGUCAUUAAUAUCGUAAACUCCAAAAACGUACGCUGUGGGAAUGAGUUUGUAUACUAUAUGGGACCAGUCCAUGGUCACACUGGCAAGUCAAAGACUUCAAAAUCUGAAUCUGACGAUGAAGAGCCUAUUGAAAAAACUAAAGACAUCAUAUUACUCAUGGAGACCAAACACCAGGCUGAACAUGAGUAUAUAGAUUACAUAUCCAAGAAUCUUGGUAAAAACUGGCAUAGUUUCUUCAGAAGAUUGGGAUACAAACAAGGACAGAUAGAAACUGCUGAAAUUGACAUGGCAAAACACGGAGUUUCUGAAGCUCGUUAUAAGCUUCUAUUGGAUUGGAUAAGGAAUGAUGAUGAUGGGUCGCUAGGUAAAUUGGCAAACAUUUUGUGGGAAGGAGGAGAACGACUAAUUGUCAAAGAGUUGGCGGAAAUGUACAAGAAGGAGAAGUGAUAAAAGAAGUUUAUUCAGUAUACAUUUAUAUAAGUUAAUAGAGAUACAUUAUAUAUAAUUAUUUUUAGACAAUAAUAUAUUAUGUAAUCAUAUGCACUACAUGUAUAAUGCAUUUAAACUUUCAUAUUAAAUUCCAAACAUUUUUGACAAUAAUUGUAAUUAAUAACAAAUAUUUCAAAGUUGUUGUUUGUGUUUUUUGUAAGCUGAAGAUUUCAUGACUAAUCUGAUAGUCAAUACUCGUUUUAAAUUACGAAUUGCAUUUAAAUUUGACAUUAUUUAGAAUUAAACAAUAUUUGAUUGAUUUGAUGCGAUAUCAUUGAUCGAGAGGUUAGAUAAACUAUGAUAUUCAAUAUGAUUUUUUGAAAAAAUUGCGUUUUGAACGCCAACGAAGUUGUUAUCGGUUUUAAAUUAA